UAUAUCAAAGAAUUUCUUUUUAUUUGCUAAUUAAGCAAACUGUAAUGAACAAUUUCAGAAAUUAAAAUUUAAUAAGAGCUGGAUGGCUUGGAUUGUUUAGCCUUUGGGCCGCCUGGUACCGAUCCAAAUUUCGUUUAUCCUGAUCAUUUGACACUCCUAAACUAGACAUGAUUUGUAGAAAUAACUGUCUAGAUCAAACUAUAUAAAUGUGCAUCUGUGUCAGUAAAAGAGAAAAGCGGUAGUCACGUCUACAUAUAUAAAUACAUAUAAAGAACAUAAUUCACCGACCUGAAUAUUACUAGAUUUGCAACUGCAUAUAUAUCCUAGCUCGCAUUUACUCAUUCUUUCAUAAAUUUUAUUAUUAAUUAGCUGAUAUGCUACUUUUCUAUGUUAGGAUGUUGCUGGGCAUUUUCUGCAGUUGGAGCGCUAGAAGGAGCCUACAAACUUGCAACAGGUCAAUUGAUUGAACUCUCUGAGCAAGAACUUCUCGAUUGCACCACCAACAACCGCGGCUGUGAUGGAGGUUAUAUGACCAAUGCAUUUGAAUUCAUCAUACAAAAUGGUGGAAUUUCAACUCAAUCAAAUUAUCCAUAUCAAGGUCAACAAUACACAUGCAGAAGUCAAGAGCAGACGCCGGCAGUACAAAUAAGUGGCUAUCAAGUCGUGCCUGAAAGUGAAACAGCAUUGUUACAAGCCGUAACCAAACAACCAGUGUCGCUUGGAAUUUCUACUAGCCAAGAGUUUCAAUUUUACAGAGGAGGAACUUAUCAUGGUAGUUGUGCUGAUCAUAUUAAUCAUGCUGUAACGGCUAUAGGGUAUGGAACUGAUGAGCAGGGUCAGAAAUAUUGGUUGUUGAAGAAUUCAUGGGGAACAAAUUGGGGUGAGAAUGGAUUUAUGAAAAUUAUAAGAGAUACUGGAAAUCCUGGAGGACAUUGUGACAUUACCAAGUUGUCUUCUUAU